AUGGCGACCCCAGCUGAACAACAAGCCGCCGCAAACGCCUUCAUCCAGGAGGUUUGGGGUCUUCAAGGCGCUGCUUACUUCGUCGUUGGACUCCGUUACUACAGCCAAUUCUCUUCUUUCGGUCGAAGAUUCCAGUGGGAUGAUGUUCUUAUGCUAUUAGCCACGUUAGUAUACACUGCCGAAUCAGUAGCAGCCUAUUUCGUCGUCGCAUAUUGGAAAGGCCUCGCGAACAAUGGUAUAACACCAGCGCAGCGUCAAGCAUUGAGAGAUGACCCGGAUGGUCCGGAAUGGGCGUUGAGGAUCAAUGGGUCAAAGACACAUGUGAUUGGACUCUUGCUGUACAUGACGCUACUGUGGUUGCUAAAGGGAUAUUGGGUCAUUUACUACCUUCGACUCACCGAGGGUGUCGCUUCCACAAAGCGAUAUGCGCGAUGGGGCGCUGUCAUCAUCCCUGUGACGUACAUCUCAUGCUUCCUCGUAGCCUUUCUCAAGUGUAUACCGUUUGAGAAGCAAUGGCAGAUUGAUCCCGAGCCUCAAAACUCCUGCUUGCCAGCCAUCACGUAUAUUCAGACCAUUUAUGUCAUGGCCAUGAACACCGUCACCGAUUUCUAUCUCAUGUCGAUUCCUCUUCCCGUAACUAUUUCGCUUCCCAGAAUGCCUUGGCGCAAGAAGAUUGUCAUCAUGUUCAUGUUCAGCGGUGCACUCCUAGAAAUGAUCUUUGGCAUCCUGAGAGCAGUAUCCAUUCUGACCAAAGGAAACACUGAUCCAGCCCAGUCAGGAUACUGGUCCGUCCGCGAAUCCUUCGUCAGCUUCGUCCUCACAAACCUACCAAUGGUUUACCCUCUCCUCAAACAACUCGUCGAGAAGACCGUCUCUGCAUCGAAAAGUGGCACCAACAAGACCAGUGGACUAGGUGACAGUCAAGGAUACAAACUAGAAGAUUACCGAAACAAGGUUCACUCCAAAUCACGACCUGAUGAAACAGAAUUGGGAGAUACAGUUUGGGGAUCGAAGGAUCAUAUCGUCGCGAACAAUGGGCAAGUCAGUGCCGAUGAUUCAUCAGUUAAUAGCGGGAAUAAAGGACAAAGGAGUUCACAUGCGAAUAUGCGAUCUGAGAAUGUUGCGCAAGCUGUUGGUGGUCUACCAGUUGGUCAUCAGCAUGCUUGGGGAGUCGAGGCGGGUGUUGGGGAGAUUGUGGUGACGAAGGAAUAUGUUGUUCAGGUUGACGAAGAGGCGGCGAAGCCUACAACGAGUUACUCAAAGCGCUUCUAUGGGAUGAGUGCGACAACAUCCAUCGCAUGUGGACAGGCUCGUCACCACCGAAGUGGAGAUAACCGCUCUUCCCCUCAUUCGCUCGGCAAACCUCAACGUCAACCUCACAGAUUCAUUCUCAGAGACCUCCAUGUUUACAGAAUGACCGCAAACUUCAACCACCAGUCAUUAGGUGCGACGCUGAGAGGGAUUAAGAAUGACAGAGUAACUCAAUUUCGGGGAAUUCCCUACGGCCAUAUCCCACGCCGUUUUGCAGCCGCCGAGAAGAUCAACGAGUACCCUCAAGAGCUGGACUGCACCGCAUACGGUCCGCGAUGUCCUCAAGUUCACGUCGAUGUCGGUCAUUUGCUGCGCAUACCGCCUGACCAUCAAUUUCCUCAUGAGCCCGAAGAUGAGUUCAAGUGCACCAACUUGGAUGUGACGAUGCCCAGCCUUGAAUGCCCAAGUGGCCCGAAGAAGCUACCUGUAUUCGUAUGGAUCCAUGGAGGAUCUCAGGCUGUGACGUUUGGAAGCGCUGCGUCUGGUAUUUGCGAUAUGACGACAAUCGUGGCCGAUUCUGCCCGCUUUGGUACUCCAAUCAUUGCAGUAUCAAUCCAAUACCGUCUCAACAUCUUCGCCCUCGGUUCCAAACCUGGUCCACCAAACCUAGCCCUACGCGACCAAGAACUAGCAUUGCACUGGAUUCAAGAGCACAUAGCAGGUUUCAACGGUGAUCCACAAAAAGUCACGUUAGCAGGCGAAAGCGCAGGGGCAGUUUACACCCACGCACAUCUCGUAACCCGCGCCCCAGCAAACCAGUUUAUUUUAUCUUCUGGAUCCUUGUACCUCUCUCCUCCCCAGCCACCGAACGCUGUUUCAAACGUUCGUGAAAGUGUUUCGAAACAGUUGCGAGACAUGGAUGCUACCCUAACUUUAGAGAAUGCAACCGUUACCGAUGUGGUGGAAGGGGUGAAACGAGCGGGUCUGGGGUCGUUUUUCCUCGAAUGGGAAGACAGGUUUGAGGGUUGGGAGAUAAGCACGGGAAACGCUGGGGGGUUGAUGCUUAGUGAUGUUCAGAAGGAGGCGGUUAUCUGGCAAACCGGUAUUUUGGGAAUGGAUCACAAUGACAUUGUGAGCGCGUUCGAUGCUGCGGGAGAAUACGGUGAGGAGUUGAAGAAGCUUUAUCACAUUUACCCGGACAGGCCUUCAUCUUGCAGAACUGGGGCAUUGGAUUUCAUCAAUGACCUCAGAUUUCUACUUCCGAUCCAUCACAUGGAAGAACUUUGGAAAGAAGUAGGAAAACCCGUCUACAGAUGUCACAUUGACGAAGCCAACCCAUGGCAGCCUUCUGCCGGAGCUCAUCAUGCUGUGGAUUUACUCUUCCUCUUCAACGGUCUCGAUCUAAACUUUACACACGGGGCUAAGAAGGUUGGAGGCGAAAUGCGCGAGGCUUGGAUUGACUUUAUCAAUAUGGGAAAACCAUGGCCCAGCGCAUCCGAGUCACCCGCUGCUUUCGGACCGCACGGUUACUGUAGGGAAGUAUACGAUUGGGACUUGCAAUCCCUUCGACGAGUCGCCGAAGCCAAAAGACUGGCAACCAUGGACCAGACCCUCUUAACCAAAGCAUUCAUCACACUCGCAGCAGGAAAAGUCAGUUUACUCAACUAA